UCAGCUGCUCAAACACUUUCGCUUUAGUUUCGCUUUGGCCUGGGUACAUUUUUUUUGCUCUCCUGAUUAAACUAUUUGUCCAUCCUCGGCUUCCUUCUCUCGACUGUGCGCAGAGACACCACGAUCGGGCUUUGCGUUGUUUAAAAAGACGCGUUUUUAUUUCACAUCGCGCGUACUUUGGCCCCUCUCGCGUCGUAUUGUUGUUUUGGAUUGCGGAAGACGCCCAUGGAGGUCUGAUCAGCAGCAGCAGACACGACUUGGAACCGAAACUUAACCUAAAAAAUGUUCUCGUGGUGACCCUGUGUUCGGAGAUGGACAGCAUUCGUUCAGAGGAAGAGGAGGAGCGUGUGGUGGAGGAUGAGUUCACGUGUCCCGGGAUGCUCCGCGGAUCCCUGUCCUCUCUCCACUCCUCCGUGCAGCGCAUUUUCAGGGUCAGAUUCUCCAUCGGCACCGACCAGCCGCCCCAAGACGCACACGGACAGAUAUGGCUCCAACUGCGAGGGCUCGACGGCGACGUGCAGGCGGCUAAGCUGUUUGUGAAAGGCGUAGUGAACCAGGAGGAACAGCAGGAGGUGCCGUACCCGCUGACUCUGCACUGUGUUUUCUGCGGCGCCCGCGGCCUCUUCAUGGACUGUCUCAUACGGAACACGUCUGCGCUCAUCGUGAUUGGUUCUCCGGGCCGUCUUCUCAUCUCCGGUCUGUUGGAGCCGGUGGUGCGGGCCUACUCCCUAAUCACGGACCUGGUGGAGCGCUGCGACUCCACCCAGCCCAAGCGCUUCGAGCCCGGGGAACGCGGCCUAGGCGAGUCCCUGGAGUCAAGACGGGCCUUCAAAAACCUGGUGGAACAAUGGGACGACCGACAUACGCUGGAUCUGUUAGUUUUACCCGGGUCUAUUAAGGAAAGUUUGUUAGAAUUAUUGAAAGAGUCAAAACUUGCCGAUAACCCACGACCUCUGGAAAUAGAUGGAGCAAAGCAAGACAUCGCAUGGGAUAAGUCUGUUGUUUCUUUCGGGGAGAGUAGCGGUAGUAGUAGUUUCGCCAAGGACACCUCUGCAAAUUUCCUCGAUAGCUUUGGAGAACCAGAAAGACUCCGAGGAAGCCCGGAAGGUACAGAAGGUAAUUCGAAAUCUCCGCAAGAAGUUGGCGACGAAGAGAUACACGCGAACAAUGAUGAAGGUGAAAAGCAGUGGGCGCAGUUAUCGGGAAGCAAAGAAUUCUGGCUUUUGCUGAAGUUUUUCACCGCUAUGGGUUAUACGGAAGAUGUAGUGCAGCGUGUGCUAGCUAAAACGGGACUGCAGGAAGCUUCGCAGAUAUUAGACUUGGUUCAGCAGGAGCAAGAUCGAACUGACAGAGCGGUGAGAGGCAGCGAGGCGCAAGGUGUGGAUCUCACACAAGGUGGCGCUACAGCGAGGGAGUUGCGGAAUAGGCCUUGUGAGACAGAACAUAGAGAGGAUGGAGCGAAAACAGAAAAAGUUUUUAGUAAGAAAAAAGGCGAUGUUAGUGAUGGCGAAUUAAACGGCGCGAAUGGUGGAACUGGAGAGUUGCGAGACGAUGAUUUUGUGCUAGGUGUCCUAAAGAAAGCGGCGGCUAGCUGCGGCUACAACGAAAAGCAAGUUACCGAAGUUUAUAGUAAGCUGCCCGACCAGUCUAUGCAUCAGUUAUUUUUAGAGCUGCAACGGAACGAUUCAAAACAAAAUGGAUAUUUGAAGGAAGGUCCAAGAGAGAUGGACGAUGUUGUACUUGACGCUCCAAAAGGCGCCAAAGAAAAAAAUUACAAGCAAAAUGUUGGUGCGGAAAAUAGGGACGAGAAAAGUGGGGCGUUGCCAAAACAAAACAACAGUGAAGAGGAUGUAAUUUGGGGUGAUCACACGCAACAGGCACAACAACACAAGCAACCGAAACAGCAAAACAGUUUCAGCGAUAAUAUCCGUGGGCCACCUUUGUCAAGUUAUAGCUCAAAUAACAGCCAUCAUUUUGCAAACCACCAAGCUUCGAAUCAAGCGAAUUACAGUACAACAAGAUCGCAAAAUCCUCACGCUAAUGGGAACGACUGGAGCAGAGACAGAAGAGGACAGCAGGGGGCAGUAGUGGUGACCGGAGAGCAGAGGUUUCUAGAAGGACUUAACUCACAUUUUGAGCUGAGGUUGACGGACAGUCCGGGGAAAGAGGGACUGCGGAACAUUAUCAUCGACGGGAGCAACGUGGCCAUGAGUCACGGUCUGGGUCACUUCUUCUCGUGUCGGGGCAUUGCUUUGGCUGUGCAGCACUUUUGGGACAGAGGACACAGACAGAUCAGCGUGUUACUGCCCCAGUGGAGAACCAAGAACGACUACAGGAUCAAAGAGCAGCACUAUCUGACACAGCUGAAGGAGUUGGGCAUCGUCUCUCUAACUCCGUCGAGAGAAGUUCAAGGCAAAAGAAUCAGUUCCUAUGACGACAGAUUCAUGCUACAGCUGGCUCAGAAAACAGAAGGAGUGAUUGUGACAAACGACAAUCUGAGAGACCUGUCUGAUGAGUCUGCAGUGUGGAGGGACAUCAUCAAGAAAAGGCUGCUGCAGUACACGUUUGUGGGGGACCUCUUCAUGGUUCCUGAUGAUCCACUGGGACGAGGAGGACCACACCUGGAUGAGUUCUUAUCCACAGCCAUCAGAUCUCUAGACCUGAGCAGUCACACAUACAACACCUUCUCCAAAGCCCCUCACCCCAACAACGAACCCAUGCACUACCACGACCGCUCACCAGGGGACGUGUGGGAGCCUCAGAGGGGACGGGGACGAGGACAAGAUGGACUGAGACAGACCUGGACCAGACCAGAAACAGAACCAGGACUCAGACCAGGACCCAGAGCCGAGCGGAGCCCACAUGAGACCACUCUUUUGAGGCAGCAGCUGUGCCAGGUGUUCCCCGGGCAGGACAGUAUGGUCACCCUGGUCCUCCAAAGCCACCCCAAAGAAACGGAUAUUAACGCGCUGUCUGCUUUGCUUUUAGAGGAAAAUUAAAGAUUGUUUUAAUGUAAUUUUAACCAGAAAAAAUACAUAGUGCAUCUUUAUUUAGUCAUCAAAUUAAGACUAUUUUACCAGUUUGUUUUAAAAUGCCUUCCUUUUGUUUGCUCAUGUUCACCACCAAACGCACUGAUAACAUAACAGCUUUUUCUAUUUAUUUAUUUUAAAGUUUUUAUUUUAAGCUUGUGUAUCUUAGUAUAGACUAUAGUUCAAUUAAUUUUCAGAAUCUUAAUUCAUACAAUUCAGAUUUUUACUUUUUUAUAAUGAAUUAUCCUUAAAACUAUAGCUCCUACUUUCACCUUAAUGUGCUGCCUUUACUUUUUUGAAUGUAUUUUGUCCCUAUACAUUUUACAUUGUUGGUAAAAUCUCCUGAAUCAUGACCAAAUUUUUAAAUAUUUUUGUAAACAAAUUUUGCUUAAAUUUUCUUUGCAUUUUUGAGUUUGUUUGAAUCAUUGUUGGAUAUUUUCUUUGCAUUUUUAUAAUUGGUGUUAUUUGACAGCACAGUUAAGUCUUAAUCAUCAUUUGUCUUAAGUUGAAUUUAUGUUUUAAAAUCUUAAAUUUCUCUUUUUCUCUUUAUUCACCUCUGGAAGUUGCCGUGGGCGCCGCCAUCGUCAUUGUGGUUGUAUUAUUUUGCACGGGGCUGUUGAUCUUGAUGACAGACACGUUCUUUAGGGGCUACUGUUUUCAAGCUUCCCAGAGAGUCGGGAUUUAAAAUUUCCAUUGAAAUGAAUGUGAUUCCCACCUACUGGAAAUGCCACCACAAGGUCAAGAAUAAUAAUAAUAAUAAUAAUUGUCAUGCUGCAGUUGUGUUCACCCUAAAUAUUUUGUAUAGAAAUGACUCCUUAUUGAUUUUUCAAUAGUUAUUAUAAAACCUAAAUGAGUUGUCUCCAUGCAGAAGUUGUUUUUUUUUGCUUAGAAUGCUCCACAGUAUAGCAUUAAAACGUAUCCAUCUUACAUUUAUACAGGUGUUUUUUUGAUUGAAAAUACCAGCAGCCUGACCAGAAAAGUUACAUAAUGAGCCUUUAAUUGUAUUUUUUUGUUGUGAAUCCAAGCAAAAAUGUGCUUAAACUGACGUAUUGUUCUCGAUCUUUAUAAUGGCAUAAUGUUUUUAAUGACAGUUUACUUGUGAAGAAAUGCUUUUUCACUGUAUAACUCUUUGUAAAUAAGAGUUUUCAGUGGUCAUAUCAAUGUCGCCAUCCUUUGGUGGCCUCUUUUAGCUUAAAUGGUUAAAUUAUUUCUUAUAUUUUUGGAUAUAUGUUCUGUUUCUAUGCAAAUACAAUUUUUUGUAAAAUUGAAAUGACUUGGCUGCUUUUUGCAACUUAAAAAUCAAACUCUAAUAAGAACCGAGAUCUCUUAAUGUCGUCCUGCAGUCAGGAAUCUUGGGCUGAUUGUGGAUUUUUAUGUUCAGUCUGGACAAGCACAUUAGCUCUGUCAUAAAAGUCCUGUUUCUUUCAGUUGAGGCUUCUUGCUAAAGUAAAGCCCAACCUUCCACAGACAGAUUAUGGGUUUUCCACAGGUGGAGAAAUUCAAGCAUUUGUAACGUUGCUUCUGGAUUAUUGUAAUUGUUUGUCUUUGGGGCUGGACCAGGGCUUCGUGCAAAACUUACAGAAUGUCCAGAAUGAUGCAGCUUGUGUGAAACAAAAACUAAGAGAUGAGACACAUCAGGCUUGUGCUGUGCAUCACCAGUUUCUGUUUCAUAUCAGGUGCAAUUCAAAAUGUUACUGAUGUGUUCAAUUUGAGGGAGUUACUGCAGCUCUAUACUCCACCCAGAGCCCUGAGAUCAGCUGACCAGCCCCUGCUGCUGUGCCCAGAGCCAGACUCAAGACCUUUGAGGUGACAGAGCUUUUUUUGUGGCAGUGCCCAGACUAUGGAACAACCUCCCUUUGCCUCUUAGUCUUAAGACUGAAAACCAACCUCUUCUCAGCGGCACUAGUUAGACUUAGUGCUUUAUUGUACCUUUUCUAUGCAUUGUGUUAUCUGUGUAUUUUUUUUUUUACUUUUAUGUUAAGCACUUUGGUCAACUGAAGCAGUUUUAAAUGUGCGAUUAUAAAUAAACAAAUUGAAUUUUC